AUGGAGAAGGACGCGGCCGCACACAGGAGGCACCGGCCAGGCCCUGGAGUCCCUGCUUCAGGGUUGGCCCCUGGACACCUCAAGGCAGCCAGCGAGAUGGCCGAGCUCCAGAGGAGCAGGAGCAUGGGCGGCCUGCACCAGAAGGGGGACCCUCCCAGCUGCAUCAAGAAGCUGUCCAAGGAACCGGAGUCCGAAGACCAGGGAAAGGACCCACGGACCGACACUGAAGAUGCCGGCGGUCAGGCGGACCCAGAGGAAGACACGCAGGAAAAGCACCAGGACUCCCGGGGAAAGUUGGACCCAGACGGUGGAAGGACAGAGCCAGAGGUGAAGAGGAGCCGCCUGGAGGCGAGGGGCCAGGGUGGGAGGGCUGGCCAGGCACGCGCCCGGGAACAGGAACCAGAGUCCGUCAAGGUGGAUGACCGUCGCGGAAAAGAGACGCCAUCUGUGUUUGUGGAGAUUGAUCUGGGAGACUGUGCCGAGGAGGUGGUCACAGGUGCCAUGAGAGAAGAGAAGCGGUCCCAGAUGGACAUGGGGGAUUUGUCAGAAGAUGAGACCCGGACCAGCUGGGUGUGCUGCAUCCCCUACUCCACCAGAAGGAAGGCAAAGGAGAGCGUGGUGGCCCCGUCAUCCCCGGUCCCAGGCCUGGUUCCCCCCUUGGCCCUGCAGGGGGCCCUGCAGACACCAAGGGGCACAGAGAGCGUCCGCGGAACACGGAGCUCCGUAGAAGGCACAGGCUCCAUCACCCUGAGAAGCGACCUCCGGCGGCUGCACCCCAGGGCACAGGGCGCCGCGGGGAUAACGUUCCGGGCCCCCCGAGAGUCCCGGGACAGCGGCGGCGACAGCAGGCAGCAGGUGUUGGCUCUGCGCCAGGCACAGGAAGCUGUCCAGAGCGUUUUGCGAAUCUGA